AAUCAGCUGUUCACAACUGUCAGCUGUGCAUAUGCAACCGCAUUUCCAAUAAGCGGCCCUUGGUUUUGUAAUUUCUUAUUUUGUGUAACAAAACUUAAAUAAAAAUCGCAACAACAUGCCUUUCAUGAAAGGACGCGCGCCAAUAAGGCGUACCAUUGAUUAUUUGAAUGCCGGCCGCCUUGUGUUGAAGGACAAAGUGAAAAUCUUUAGUGUAAAUUACAAUGUACAUGGUGACCACCACAAAGGCGCCAGAGACUUUGUGUUUUGGAAUUUGGGUCAAAUACAAUAUAAGAAUCCCAGUGUACAGGUAGUGACAUUUAAGAACUUAACGCCCUCGCCUUUUGUGCGCUGCUACUUUGAGGACGGACGUGAUAUGCUUAUCGAUAUAGAUAGCCGCAAUCGUGACGAAAUCAUUGAACAUCUCUGCAAAGUUGUUGGCAAAUCAAAGGCUCAAUUGGACGCAGAGGCACAUUUAGCGGAGAGUAAAGACAAUCCUGCCAACUUUGGUUAUGGCUGCGAUCGACACUGCAUCUGUGAAAUACCCGGUCAAGUGCCGUGCCCUAGCACAGUUAAAUUGCCGGAUCAUCUGCGUGGCAAACACAUAUUUGCACCAAAGUAAUGCCAUAAAAACUAGCUUCAUUAAAGUUUUAGCAUAUUCUUAAAUAAAAAAAACACAUAUACAGUUACAAUGUUUACAAAUAAAUCACUUUAUUUGGCUUAA